UGCUACAUUAAGUGGGAGAAAAAUGAAAAGUCCACUACUAGACUUGCUGCUCCUUUUCCUGGAUAAGAUAUCACUGCUUGCCAACUUCAAACUUUUUAGUAUGUCAGAAGAUGAUGAAAGAACUGUUGACCACAGGGAUGUAUCGUAUUUUAAAAGAGGUGACUUGUUGGAGGUUCCGAGGACAUUGUUUGUUCACUAUGGGAUCUAUUUAGGGAAUAAUAAGGUGGCUCAUUUAAUGCCAGAUAUUCUCCCAGCUUUGUCUGACAGCACCAGUUUCAUUGAAAAAGUGGUGACCAACAAAAGGCUGAUAAUGGGCGUUCUAGCAAAAGUAGCCAGUAUUAGGGUGGACAAUGUGCAGGAUUUUGCUUAUGGAGGAAGUAUAAUAGUUAAUCACAUGGACAGCAGCUUCAAGACAAGUCCUCUUCCUAAUGAAGAAGUGGCCCAGAGGGCUGAAAAACUGGUGGGGGCCACAUCAUACAGUCUGCUGUGGGACAACUGUGAGCACUUUGUGACAUAUUGCAGAUACGGCGUCCCUGUGAGCUUCCAGACCGAGAAGUUUUGUAACACCGUGAAGAGGAUUAUCCGUGACCAGAGAAGUGUGUUUGUUUCUGCGUCUUCAGGACUUGUGCUAAUACUGUGCCUGGGUUUGGAGCCAUCCACCACCCUGCCGAGUCUCUUAAUUACAUUCAUACUUUGGAUGGCAAGCUAAAGCAAGAUACAGAGAGGAUAAAUGUACACUGUAUGAAAUACAGUAUUUAUAGAAACUAAUGAAAAACUCAGUUGAAAACUCAACCCUUUCACUUUGGCACAUAUAUAGAGUUUGCUACUGAUGGAACAUACAAUGUUAUGCUUUAUAAUCUUGACAUCAUAUCUAUUUCCAAACAGUUUGCAUUGCCAACCUUCAAGAUAUCGACAGCCUCUCCGGUUUAUGCUGACACAUAACAUUACUAGUGAUGAUGGGCUCUGGGAGAAAAUGGCCACAAGAGCAGUUUCAGUAUCUGGAUUGUUGCAUCAAUGCAAAAUUCCUUCAACCGGCUGCGGUAUAUACUGUAAACUGGACUCUUAGCAAAUGGAUAUCUCAAUAAAUAGUUACACCAUCUGUCCUAAAAUUCCAAAACAUGUGGAACAGUGACCAAACCCAGAUCAUUCUGUGUG